AUGCUCUCAGACAGUUGGUUGCAAGCUUUCGAUGCCUGCACUGUCGCUGUGCAGGGAAAUCUAGUCAUUACGAUGCCCAACAUGCACUUCAUUCCAGAGUUUCACCACUUUGAAGAAGAAGACCUACAAGCCCGGGCAGAUGGUCGCUUCGGCAUUAUCGAUUGCUUCCAGCACGCUGGCUCUGCUAAGGUCGAUGGCUUGCAGUCCCUUCUCAAACUGGCUGAGCAACGAGUCCGUGAUUACAGAAAGGAUCAGCCGGACAGAGGUCAAAUCAUAUACAGUCGCCUCUUGUACCUCCGUCAUGCCAUCGCACGGUUGAAGUCCCACCCCCUUACUUUUCGAGAUCUCCUCAUUUUUGUCACCGAUGCUCAGUGCCUCUUUCUUGACAUAUACUCUUACAUUGACUGGGUACUCAUUGCCCAACCUCGUACCACUUUCGGUGUUUGCCAUGAGGUCAACUUAGGAUGGAUGGGGGGGGUUGUGCAGAGCAGCGACAUCUGCAAGAAGUUAUUCUGCGCUGGUGUCCCAGCUUGGUAUGUCCAUGCAAGCGCAUACAUACCCCCGAAAAUGAUGGUCGUUGAACCGGUCUUACUCACACGCCUGGACCACAUCAUUAUUGCCAUGUACAUAGAGGGCAGAAAAAUCCGCCCAUUUGAAGUCAUCUACCGCGGUCAAGGUGGUCACAAUCGUCAUACACACAUUCGCCACCUAUAUGCAGGCACAACAUACCAAGAUCCUGAGUCUGACAAAUCCUCUCAACCAUUGUCCAGCUCGAGUAAUCCUGCUUCUGGUCCCAAAUUAUCUGCUCUUGGCAAGACGCCUAAACAGAAGGGCAAACAACGGCACCGGCCUUACUUCAUCGAAGCUCGCCCUACACAGUCAGGUGAAUCUAGGGAUAAGUGGAAAGAUCCCGAGACUCCUUUCCUUCCACUGCCGAACCUGCAUUGGGAUGGCACUAUGAAAACUGCCAUUAAGGACGAGUCUCGUGUUCGUACACCCUACGUUAUUGAUCGGGGGUAUAGAUUCCCCGAACCUGCUCUCCUCAUCGGUCCCAAGUUGCCUGAACAAUUGCAACUAUACCUUGCCAACUGGCUCGCUGCUCGUCCACUGUGGAUUGGCCGAGUUGACCAUGAUCCUCCACGCACUUAUCCAACUCCUCAGCUCUGGCGCGAUUUCCUCGGUAGUGUCCCUUCUGUCCAACCACAAUCUUCCAAAGGGAAAGAGCCAGACGGAAAGAGUCUUACAGCCACCAAGAAGGGGAAGCAAGCAAUGCGGGACUUAUUCGGUGAUGACCUGUUGGAAACUCAGGGUGAUAUAUUUUCGCCAGAAGGAGUUGUUGAAUUUCAGGGUGAACAAGUCUCCAUUGCUAGUCUCGCCACCCCUCCUUUGCUUCUGGUCCAGAGGAUCACCUGGGAGUUAUUUGAACUUGGCUUUCAGUACAAGUUGAGGGAUCUCGGUGGUUACUUGGCACGGGGAUGUUGGAACAAUGAUGCCGUUGGUCGCAAGCAGCUCCUCCAUAGCAUCUUCCCGGGCGAGGCUGGUUUGGUGAUGUGGUCGGAGUCGUUUCCGUCGGAGAACUAUGGGUUGUGGAACAACACCUUGAUGGGCUGUCUUCCUUACCUUGAGAAUUUCCGGAGACUGCUUUGUGAUUGGGAUGAUGUUCCGCCUUGUCUUACGACACCACUGACCUUGGACAAUUUCACAGAUACAUACUCCUGGGAAGUCAGGCCUCCCAUUGUGCCCCACUCGCUUCCCAUGCAAUCGUAA